UAUGUUGACAUGUUGAUUAUAAGAUGCAUACGUUCUUGUCUUCGAAAUUGAGAUGCAUACAUUUAUUUUCACAUCAAGUACGAGAAAAUCGGCUUACCCGUAACCGAUUUAAUUUUUUUUACCGUCUACUUUUUCCGGUCCGGCAAACGAUGUCCAAGAAAUCAGUCUGUAUUGUUGGCUCCGGUAAUUGGGGCUCAGCCAUAGCUAAGAUACUUGGUAAAAAUGUCAAAGAACGCAGUGAUAAAUUUGAAAUCUGUGUAAAAAUGUGGAUGUAUGAGGAAAUGGUGGAUGGUAGAAAAUUAACAGAAAUAGUAAAUACAGAACAUGAGAACAUAAAGUACUUACCAGGAGUAAAAAUACCUGAAAAUGUGGUGGCUAUACCAGAUUUGAUAAAGGCUUCAGAAGAUGCAGAUAUACUUAUAUUUGUCUUACCUCAUCAGUUUGUUGCCAAAACUUGUCAGCAGAUGAAAGGAAAAAUAAAGUCAUCAGCUGUUGCAGUAUCUCUUAUCAAGGGUGUUUCCAUUGAUGAUUCGGGGAUGAGAAUGAUAUCCAGUGUGAUUAAGGAAGUUCUAGGUAUUGAAUGUUGUGCAUUGAUGGGAGCUAAUCUGGCUGGAGAGGUAGCUCAGGAGCAGUUUUGUGAAACAACAAUAGGAUGUGCAGUAAAUGGCACAGGAGAAUUAUUGAAGUCCCUGUUUGAGACUCCAUAUUUCAGAUGUUCAGUAGUAACAGAUCAAGCAACAGUGGAAUUAUGUGGUGCUCUUAAGAACAUUGUAGGUAUUGGUGCUGGUAUAGCUGAUGGUCUGGGACACGGAGAUAACACAAAGGCAGCAGUAAUCAGACUUGGUCUGAUGGAGAUGAUCAAAUUCUCAGAAAUAUUUAUUCCAGGUUCACAAAGAUCUACAUUUUUUGAAAGUUGUGGCAUAUCUGAUCUGGUGGCAACCUGUCAUGGUGGAAGGAAUAGAAUGUUAGGUGAACAUAUCGUUAAAUCUGAUAAGACAGUUAAACAAUUAGAAAAAGAGUUACUGAAAGGUCAGAGCUUUCAAGGACCCUUAGCUGCUAGAGAAAUUUUCAAAAUGUUAAAAGAUAAAAAUCUAAUUGAAAGGUUUCCUUUAUUUGUGUCAGUGCAUUAUAUCUGUUUACGAGAAUCUCAACCUGAAGAGUUCAUUGAUUGUUUACGUAACCACCCAGAACAUAUAUGAAAUAUUUAAACAUUAUUUACAAUUAUUUAUCUGCUUCACUACACAUUUCCCAAAUGUUCUAUUGAUGUUAUGUUUUAUUUAUUAGCAGUACAGGAUUUUACACCACUUAACUUCUAUACAUUAUAAAACAGUAUGGUUUGUUAUUUGUUGACAGUGCAAGAUCAGUUUUAAACUAUUUAGAUAAAUUUUAUAUAAUAUGCUGGACAUGUUCAUUCACCUGGCCCAAAGGAGCAUCAGAUAUUUUGUCACCAUUUCUCUGCUGUGAUCCUCAAACUUUUUCUUCACAAAGAUUUUUUCGUAUGGUGUUUUUAUUAUAUUAAUUACAUAUAGCAGCAUUAUAUAGUAACAUAUAUAAAAAUUAAGGAACUUAUAUAAACAAAGCUGGAAAAAAAACACUGGUAUAAGUGGGCUUUCAAUAUUUUUUUCUUAAUAAGUAUUUAUAACCAUCUGCAUCCUCUUUGUUCAAAGGUUUGAUAUGAAAUGAUUAAUAUUUUCCCAGGUUUUCCAAUGGAAAAAGCUUGUACUAGAUGGAGAAACAUGGCAGUCAGGUGGCUGCAAACUGUUUCUGUGGAAUAAUUCUAAAAUUAGUUGUCGCAAAAGAUCUUUUGACUAAAAUUGAGCAUAAGUUAUACUUUAAUUGUACAUGACUAACAAGUAUUUUUUCUCACAAGAUUUUUUUCUGAAAUUGAUCACUGUUGAAAAGAUAUUUUCAGACUGGCAUUGUAUGUUUCAGAAAAUCAAUUCUUACCUAUGUCCUUCCGUGCCAUGCUCCUUGAUUGUUGAAAAUAAUGCCUUUUUCUGUAAUUGCUGAAUUAAAACUUUAGAAUUAGCUUUAUUCUAACUAUAGACAAAAUGGAGGUAAUAUUUAUUUUGACUUUUUUUUGUUUUAAUGGUAGUUUAUAAAUUCUUUAAUUGAUGACAAAUGAAUGACAUUUAAUUUGAUUCAAGAUAUUUUGUGCAAACAGAUCAUUUGUGCUACCUUCAAUCUCUUAAUAUUUGCAAUGUAUCUCCUUUCAUCAAAAAGCAGCCACAGUUCUUGCCCUAAACAUUCAGACAUGGUAUAGUAUUUGACAAAACUUAGAAAUAUAUGACAGCUUUAAUUAAAUAUUAUUUAAAAUAACCUGUUUGUUACUGGUAAUGAUAUCAGCAGUGAUUUAUUAAAGUUCUAGGUGAAUAGUUUAUCAAGAACAGGCUGUUCUACAUGUUUCAGUUUAAAAUUUGGCAUAAAUAAUAUGGUGCUUUUCUGUGAAAAUCACAAAUAAUAUGUUUUGUUUGAAAUUUUUUUCAUUCACUGAUCUAUGCUGAACAGCUAUUAAGGAAAGAUUGCUUAUUAAGGAAAAUGAUAUACUUGUAUGUUAUUUAUUUUCUCGGUUAUUAUCAUAUAUAGUCUGAAAGAAUUAAUAAUUUCAUUGAAUGCAGUUUGGAAGCAGAAAAAGCAAUAUGAAGGAAGAAAGAAUUGUUAAGUAAUAAUAUAUGUAGUGAUUAGAACUGUGUUUGAAUGACUGUUCAGAUACAUUUGCUCUAAAAUGUACAGUAUGAUGUUGAGAAUUGGUUUGCUUAAAAUUUGUAAUUUCUGCUGCAAUAUCUAUCUUCAUUCUUGCAUGGCAGUCAAAAUUUUGUAAGCAGAACAUAUAUAAAAUAUUUUAAAUACUUAAAACAUGAAAAGUUAUAUGUUUUGUAGUGUCAUUAUUUUUAAUAUACCAGUUGCAAAGCUUUUGUGGUUAGCAAAUUUUCUGUAACCAUGGAAAAUGGCACCAGUUAAGACCUUUUCUUUUUCAAAAGUGCAUAAUAUUUUAUAAAAGUUUUUUUUUCUUUUAUUACAUUUUUGUUUACCAAAUAUGAUGCAAAAGUCUUUAUCCGUUUAAAUAGUUUUGUUUGAAAAAAUUGUUUAAUAUAUACAAAAUCAUUGACUUUUCCUAACUUUUUUAAUAUAUAUGGAGUGAUAUAAAAAAAACCUGGAAAUAUUAUGUUUAAAAUGAUUUUAAUUGUUAAUUUCAAUAACCAAGUUUAUUCGUUAAAUUUUUAAUAAAAUGUUAUUAGCCCAUAGAAGAUAUGCAUGGGCAAAUAUCUUUGUAUUAACAAAACCAUUUAUGGUUAUUCACAGCUUUCUCUUAAUAGUGCAAAAAACUAAUAAAAGAUUUAUAGAAAUAUUCGGAAGAUGAACCUUUAUGAGGUGAAGGAAACUUAUGAACAAAGGUACCCAGCAAGCCACUAUCAUAUUAAUUAUAAAGCAAACCCUGACCUCAUUUAUACCACCUCAAAGUUUCAUUCCUAGACUUCUGACAAACAGGACAUUAUUUUUUAUUAAUUUUCUUUUCCUUGAGAAUUACUUCUUGUUGGUUUCAAUAAUUUUUCGAGUUAUUUUCCCACGUGCAAACAAGGGUAGAAAUAAAGCUAUGAUGUGUACAAGCAAAAUGUAAAAGUGUAUUAGCCUACCAAAAUCCGCAAGUUCAGAUAUCAGAUUUUUUUUUACAAACACAGACAGAUCAAUUAUAGAAAAUUCAUGAGCCUAUUAUAUGGGAUACUUUUUUGACUGCCAUAUUUCUUUCACAAUUAAAAUAAUGUUCUACCCAGUCCCAAAGAGUUAGUGCGGCAUACAAUGCCUGUUAACAUUAUUUAUACAAUUAAAAUGAAUUUUGAUAGUUCAUUUUUGUUAAUACCUGUAGUUAAUCCUAAAUAUAUUUUUCAUAUUUUUAUAUUAUAACAACAAGCAUAAGCUUAUGGAUUGUUUAAGUAUUGUUAUUGAUAUUUUAUUUGUUGAUGUAUUGUUAAUCUUAUUGAUAGUAUUUGAUAAUAAAAUUAUUGACUGAUA